GUAAUGAGUGAACAAGAAAAUUAAACAACUAAAAAUCAAAGCCAAGUUAUGUAAUCUACUGAAAUGCACAACUCUAUGCAAUUAGAGAGUUCAAACUAGAUUUAUACUUACAAAGCUCCUUGGUUGAUUUAUGCAAUGGGAUUUUAAUAGAAACCUAGUCCUUAAUCUCGUAUUGCAAUUUGUAGUAUGAUUGAAGAUAUUUAGAAUGAAGUAUAUUACUUUUUCAUUUUUUUAAGGUGUUCAUACUUUAAUUGGAUAAAGAACAAGAAACAUUUAGUAAAAAGGCUAAAUUCAAUCAUAGAUAUGCUCCAACCAAAGUGUUAUGGAUACCUGAUAUUGAAGGCAAAUAUCCUGAUUUGUUGGCAACAAGUGGAGAAAAUUUAAAGAUUUGGGAAUAUGAUGAUCAAAAUUCUUAAGUUAAGAUUAAAUGGGACUUAAAGAAUGUAUAUAAUAAAUAUUCUAAAUAAAAUAUAGACAAGUGAUUUUAAUGCUCCUUUGACAUCUUUUGAUUGGAGUUGUAAAUAAUAAAAUUAUAUUGGAACUGCUUCAAUAGAUACAACAUGUACACUUUGGGAUAUUGAAAAAUAAACAGUAGUAACUCAACUAAUUGCUCAUGAUAAGGAAGUCUAUGAUAUAUGUUUUAGUGUUGAUCAUUAGAUUUUUGCAUCUGUUGGGGCAGAUGGUAGUUGUAGACAAUUUGAUCUUAGGUUAUAUUAUAGUAAAUUGUUAGAGCUUUAGAUCAUUCAACAGUACUAUUUGAGACAGAGAACAAUAAUCCUAUUGUAAGAUUAGCUUGGAAUAAAAUGGAUACUAAUUACUUAGCAAUCAUAGAAAUGGAUGUUAAUUAUGUUACAUUAUUAGAUACAAGGUAGAUUAAUAUUAUAUUAAGAUAACCACUUCUACCUUUGGCUAAAUUAAAAAAUCAUAAAGAUUAUGUUAAUGCUAUUGCAUGGGCACCAGAAUCUACAACUCAUUUAUGUAGUGUUGCAGAUGAUUCAUCAGCAUUGAUUUGGGAUUUCUCAGAACUUCAAAAUAAAUAAAAUGAUUAAAAUUCAAUUGGUAUAUAUAUAUAUUAAUUUAUGUAGAUCCUUUGCUUGAAUAUAAGGCAGAAAAUGAAAUUAGUAAUAUAUCAUGGUCUUUGACAAAAGUUGAUUAAGUGAGUAUUUGUUAUAACAAAUCAUGUUAAAUUUUAAAUGUUUGA